AUGAGCACAUCUCAAAACAAUCGUCCUUUAAUCAACGUCCUCGCCAAGAAAUUCGCUCUUCGAAGAUCAAGAAUGGAGCCCCCUCAGAAGCAAAGACUUGUCAUCGUUGCCUCAAACAACAUCCCCAAAAUCAAAGCAACCCGCGAUGGCUUCACACAAAUGCUUCCAGCCUCUUAUGACUUUCAAGGCAUAAGCGUAGACUCCAACGUGUCAGAUCAGCCCUUCUCAGAUGAAGAGACUCUUCGCGGUGCAACAAAUCGAGCACAGAACGCUCAAGCAGUCAGACCAGAAGCUGAUUUCUGGGUUGGCAUCGAAGGCGGCGUUGAAACUCACAAUGGCUCCAUCUGCUCUUUUGCUUGGAUUGUUGUUAUUGGAAAAGAUGGCAAGGUCGGCAAGGCACGGACUUCGGCGUAUUUUCUACCAGAGAAGACUUGUCAAUUGCUGAAAGAGGGUGUUGAGCUGGGACAUGCCGAUGAUAUGGUAUUUGGGCAGACAGAUUCAAAGAACAAGCAGGGCUCGGUUGGGCUAUUGACUGGCGGUGUUGUUGAUCGAGCUGCUUACUAUACACAGGCCGUCAUUUUGGCCCUGAUACCUUUCAGGAAUGCUUCUUUAGACUUCUGA